AUGGACUGCCGUAAAAGAAGUGCUGAAGAAUCCAUUGACAGUAAUGAACACGCGAAAAAGUCAAAGGCGCCUAGAGUUUCCGAUUUCGUCUCGCUGACAAAGUCACUGAAACAGACUUUCACAGAAUCCUACAAGGCUGUUGAUGAUGGAUUUUUGGCACUCGCAAAGCAAAAUAAACCGCAAUGGAAAGAUGGAACCACUGCAACGACAAUGAUAGUUUUGAACAAUGUGAUUUACGUGGCAAACAUUGGAGACAGUAAAGCUGUAGUAGCAAGAAAAAAAGAAGAUGAUUCUUUCUCCCCGGUUUGCCUGACUGCUGACCACAAUCCAAUGGCACACGAAGAAAGAAUGCGAAUUCAGAAGGCUGGAGCUGCUGUCAAAGAUGGAAGAAUUAAUGGAGUUAUCGAAGUGUCUCGAUCCAUCGGAGAUCUUCCCUUCAAAUCUCUCGGAAUCAUCAAUACUCCCGAUCUCAAAAAACUGACUCUUACUGAAAAUGACUUAUUCGCAAUCAUCGCUUGUGACGGUCUCUGGAAAUCAUUCUCGAAUGUGGAAGCAGUGACGUAUGCUGCCGAACAAUUGGAAGCUGCAAAGAAGAUGGAUAUCGAACAAGAACCAAACGAGACUCGAGAGGUAGCUGAAUUACGAACGGUCGCAGAGAAGUUGGCAGCAGAAGCUGUUCGCCGAAAAUGCGGAGAUAACGUAUCAGUUAUCAUUAUAAAAUUGGAUAUUACGACGAAUGGUCCCUCGUUAUUCUGGAGUGGGACGUUGGCGAAAACAGAGACGACGAAGGCGAUUCUACUUUUUGGGAUGUUAUCAAGAGUCACUAUACAAGUCUCCUUGCUUCUCAGAAUCUUCUCAAGACGUCGUUCCACUUGGAGAAGUUCUUCUUUAUUGUUCUCCGGAAUCGUGAUAUUCACAAUUUUAUCUUCUGAUUGUGGCUCCUGCGAGAACAAGUCUUCUCUCGGUGAGAAUCGAUUUCACGAGUUGAAGAAUCAUUUGUUUCGGAAGAAGCAUAUCAAGAACAAGGGAAUCAACACGACUCUGCGCUGCUCCGUGCAUGAACAUUCGAAUUGUAGUCGUCGGAGUGAGAAUAUCGAUUGGUGGACUGGUGAUAAUGGUUGA